AGGAAACAAUUUAUUUAACAACAAGUUAAGAUGCCCUUUGACUUAACCAGUGGUUUAACUGACUCAGUAAUCAAGCACAUCUUGUCGUGGGCGGUCGUUGAAUACUAAUUCGAUACGUCAUAAGGAAAUACCUUUGUAACAAGAAAACAACAUAAUUACAUGAUCGUCGCCGAAUCGUGGGGAGCGCACUACCUUCUCUGGAUCUUCCCGUUCCUCAUCAUCAUCGGUCUACUAGCCAUCCUCGGCUUCAUCGGGUUCCUAUUCGCCAUUCGCCUCUACGCACAAUACACUUGCGGCAUGUUCAGGGAUAAAACCAACAUGGACGGGAAGACUGUGAUAGUGACAGGGUGCACCAGCGGGAUUGGGAAGGAGACUGCCAAAGAUCUGGCGAAGAGAGGCGCUAAGGUCAUCAUGGCUUGCAGGAGUGUGGAGGCCGCUGAGAAACUUAGAGAUGACAUCAUCGAGUCCACGAAGAACCCCAAAGUCAUCGUGAAGAAGCUGGACCUCAGCUCCUUUUCAUCCAUCAGACAAUUCGCGGAGGACAUCAAGAAAACAGAAGACAAACUGGACGUACUCAUCCACAACGCUGGAUACGCAGGAUCUUUCAGCAAAAAGAAGUCUGUCGACGACAUCGAAUUGACCAUGGCCACAAACCACUAUGGACCAUUCCUUCUGACCCAUUUGCUUAUUGAUCUACUGAAGAAAAGCACGCCUUCAAGAGUAGUCGUAGUUGCAUCGUCUUUGUAUCGGCUAGCGACCGUCGACUUGGAAAACCCUAACCCAGUAGAUAAAUUCCCAGCAUAUUUGUACUAUGCAUCAAAGGAAGCCAACAUUCUCUUCACAAAGGAGUUGGCUCGCCGCCUUGAAGGCACAGGCGUGACCGCCAACUGCUUACACCCUGGUCUGAUUGAUACUGGCAUUUGGAGGAACGUACCUUUCCCAUUGAGUUGGGGCCUGCUACUCAUCGUCAAAGGUUUUUUCAAGACCCCCAGACAGGGUUGCCAGACUACCGUCAUGUUAGCCGUCGACGAGAAGUUGGAGAAAGUCACUGGAAAGUACUUCUCCGACUGUGGUGAAAGCACUGUAUCUUCAGCAGCCAGUGACCCCGGCAGAGCUAAGAAAUUGUGGGAGAUCUCCGAAACUAUUGUCAAGCUGGAAGAUAGUGAUCCUAAGAUAUAAGGGGAUUUCGUAGACUGAUUGUAUAGCUCUUGAUAUUGUGUAGCCAGCUCUUCCGUUGUUUACAUAAAAUUAGUAAGUUAUUAUAUCAAGAGACUCUUAAUUUACAUUAGUAUGACAUUGAUUGACAUGACAAUAAUGAAUAAGUUGGAAAAACAACUCACAAAAACUUUCUGCUUCCAUAUUUUUUCAGAUUUUCUAUUCUAUUCACCUAUUUCCUUAUUUCUUACAGGUAUUAGCUCAAUAGAUUUAAGUAUUUUUU